GAUUGGAGCGCGCACUGGCAGCGCACAGGACGCACAGCCCUCCGGAGCUCUAUUGAUAUAGACAGCGCUGUCCUUUCACCGGAGGUUAUGGCUAAGGACCUUGCAAAGAGAAGAGGACAACUCGGGUUAUUUGAAAACUAUGCGUUUAUGUGAACAGUUUUACGCGAUGGCUGCGAUGAGCUCCAGAUCAAACAGGAUUUGAACCUGCUACAAUGUCCCAUGCACAGGUUGAGGUACCAGGACGCGGUUUCCCAGGCCUCUCUGUGGAUAUGACUGACGACUGCUUAUACAGAGUCCCAUCCGUGCUGAUGACGCACGGUUUGGGCGCACGAAGAAACUCUUAUGGGCUGCAAAAGAUUAGCAUGGACAUUGAUUCGCCUCUAUACAGCGGCGUUCUUUCCAAAGCCUUGUCCUGGUCAGCUGAGAAUAUCCCAACACUGACCGAGUCCAGAGCAGAAGACGAAAAAAACAACGACUCUCCGCCGUUGCCUUCCCCUGUUUCCAGCCCGGGCACCAGCUCCAACACGCCCCUCCGCAGCCAGGAGCCCGACGCCGGGUCUCGCACUGGGAACUGGGAUCCCGUCCCGAGAUCCAGCGCUCAGUACGCCAGCUCAGAGUCUGACAAUGAACUUCAAAACAAACCACACAAAACUUUGUCUCGCAUCAUGUCUGAUACUCAGUGGCAACAGGAGCAGGAAGAGAAAGAGGACGUGGAGACCAAAGCGGUGGCAACCUCGCCUGAUGGAAGAUACCUCAAAUUCAACAUAGAGAUCGGAAGGGGAUCUUUCAAGACGGUCUAUAAAGGACUGGACACGGAGACAACAGUGGAGGUUGCAUGGUGUGAGCUACAGACCCGUAAACUGACCAAAGCAGAGCGGCAGCGUUUCAGUGAGGAGGUGGACAUGCUGAAGGGCCUUCAGCACCCGAACAUCGUCCGCUUCCACGACUCCUGGAAGUCGUCAGUAAAGGGCCAAAAGUGCAUCAUCCUGGUGACUGAACUCAUGACUUCAGGCACGCUCAAAACGUACUUGAAGAGGUUCAAGGAGAUGAAGCUGAAGCUGCUGCAGCGCUGGAGUCACCAGAUCCUCAAAGGGCUUCAUUUCCUGCACACACGUACUCCUCCCAUCAUCCACCGGGACCUCAAAUGUGACAACAUUUUCAUCACCGGCCCCAUCGGUUCUGUCAAGAUAGGAGAUCUGGGGCUGGCCACUCUCAAAAGUGCCUCUUUUGCUAAAAGUGUCAUUGGAACACCAGAGUUCAUGGCCCCAGAGAUGUACGAGGAGAGGUACGACGAGGCGGUGGACGUCUACGCCUUCGGAAUGUGCAUCCUGGAGAUGGCCACCUCGGAGUACCCGUACUCCGAGUGCCAAAACGCCGCGCAGAUCUACCGCAAAGUCACCAGUGGAAUAAAACCUGACAGUUUCUACAAAGUCAAAGUCCCAGAGCUCAAGGAGAUCAUUGAAGGCUGUAUUCGUAUGAACAACGAUGAAAGGUACACUAUUCAGGACCUCCUGGAGCACCCCUUCUUCCAGGAAAACAAUGGCGUGCACGUGGAGCUGGCAGAGGAAGACGACAUGGUGAAAUCGGGUCUGAAGCUGUGGCUGCGCAUGGACGACACCAAGAAGCUCCACGGGAAGUACAAGGACAACAACGCCAUCGAGUUUCUCUUUGAGCUCUACAAAGACGUGCCCGAGGAGGUGUCUCAGGAGAUGGUGGUACUUGGCUUUGUGUGUGAGGCAGACUUUAAGCUCGUGGCCAAGGCGAUACGGGACAGAGUGGCGGCCAUCAAGCGCCAGAGAGAGAAGCUGAGGCGGCACGCGGAGGAACGGAAGAAGAAGCAGGAGCAGGAAGCCAUAGAAGAGGAAGCAGAGACACACCCUCCUUUACCUACAGUCAGCGAGCCCCAGACACCGGCCAUCAUCCUGUCCCCCGUCACCAGCUCUGUGGACUCUGGCAUUAGCUCCAACUACCCUGCAGAGGCAGAGGAGCCCGAGGCAGACCAGCACUUCCACUUCAACAGCAUGUCCUCUGCUAACUCUGACUGCGAGACAGACGGCUAUCUGAGCUCCUCAGGGCUUCAGGAUCUGCUGGAGGCCGGAAAUUUCAACACGUCUGCGACCCCUCCCACCACACACACCAACACAUCGGCUGCAAAUGGUCUCUCCAUCCCAGCCCUGCGCUUCCCUUCGAGUAUUGCAGUGUCCAGCAGCAUAGAGCAUGGCACCUCAAGGCCCACGAGUGGCUUCAACUCUCCUGUGGAAAGCUACGCCUCCGAUGUGACUUCAGGCUUGAGCGACGGUUACGAGGGCCUAUCUGAGAAGAGCGAGAAAACGGCUGCAAAGCGAACUGCUGGGAAGCUUUUCAGGAGGAGGUCGCGCUCAAGGCUGCGCAUCACAGGGCUCUCUGAUAAAGUGGACCGGGUGGUGGAGUGUCAACUUCAGACGCACAAUGACAAGAUGGUUACCUUCAAGUUUGACCUGGACGGAGAUAACCCUGAAGACAUUGCUGCUGUCAUGGUACACAAUGAGUUCAUCCUGCCAUCAGAGAAGGAAGGCUUCAUCCAUCGCAUGGGCGACAUCAUCAAACGGGCCGAGGCUCUGAUGGCCAAAGAGCAUCCGGUCCACUCUAGCGGGCACCGGGUUCCCCAGCCUGCUUAUCAUAACAAUGUUAACCCGUUGUCUUCCUCACAGCCUAAUCUGCAUACCCUGCCUCGACCACACUCCUAUUCUCUUCCUGGUAAGUCUCUCAACUGGUCUGAUGAAUUUACAGGGGUUUGUGGCUCUACCCCGUGCCCCAAUGAAGACGUCUUCAGUCCAGACAUUACUUCACCUGUGCGACCUCUACUACGCUCCCAGUCUUUCCACAACGCCCCAGGUUCUCCCCUCCCUUUUCAGCACCACCACAACCCUGCGUCCCUCCUGCCGCACCACCAGCACUACUACUUGUCCUUCAUGGGCCACAGUCCCUUCCCAUUCCCAUACCCAGGCUCUUCGGGUUCCCCCGAACCAGGCAUCCAUCCUCCACUCACACGUGUAGCUAGUAACCCCUCCUUCCCCACUGUAUCCUCACCAGCCCCCGGUUCCCCAAUUGUUCAGAAUGAGACCCCAAGCCCUUGCAGCAAUGAUGGUGCCGCCGUGUCUCCACCUGCCCCUCAGCAUCCCAACAUGUGGCCAUCCCACACGCAGCCCUUGUUUUCCUUAGCUAAUGUCAUUUCCAUGGCCAUGAGCAUGGCCCAGUCUUUCAUCCCUCCUACAGGCAUGCCCUCCCAGGGGAUGCCCUCCUAUCAAGGCUACCACCCCCAGCUACCUACUCACAUGACCCCACAGUCAGGUUACCCCUCCAUCUACCCACAGCGGUACCAAACUUCAGCAGUAGAGGUGCCUUACCCAGCAAUGCAGAACAUCUACUAUAGCCCUGAUACGCCUCUAAUGGAAGAAGGCGGUUUUCCUCAGAGCGGUUAUCCAAGCUGGAUGCAUCCUGUUUCUCCACCUUCUAUGCCUUCCACUCCUCCACUGGUUCCUCGGGAGCCUUUACAGCAGGUUGGACUAUCCAGUCCCCCCAGAUAUCAUCACAGCCUGACCCAGGAGGACAGUCUCCACAAUUAUGAGGCCUCAUACCCAGCACAGGUUCCAGCCCAGGCUGAACCCAAAUCAGAAGUCUCCAGUUCAAAUUCCAUGUCAGAUCUGUCCUCAUCACCUUCAGAAAGCCCAGGAAGCACUUUAUCAUCCUUCAGCACAGCAAUGCUACCAACCAUACCUGAGAUGAAAACCAGAACCACAACACCAAAAGCCUCUUCCAUUGAAUCUGAAGUCAUGUCUGCACCAGUUACUGUUGGGAGAUUCCAGGUGACACCCAGUAUGCACAUCCCUGCACCCUCUGUCCCAGUAGGUGCUAUACCUGCUGCACCGCGGCCAGCAGACAGCGGCAGCACUCUGUCAGAGAGCAGCACAGAGGAGCAGGGGGAGUCUGAGACGAGCCUUGCCACCUCCCUCACUAUGUCCCCCCCACUGCCACAUCCCCACAGAGGGUCAACGGGGGUCGUCCAGGACGUUGACGGGCUGGUGGGAUGGGCUGGGAGCAAGGAGCAGCAAGUCAGAGAAGAAGAGGAUGAGGAAGAGGAGGAAGAGGUUAUUGGGGAACGACCGAGGACGAGGAAAAGGAGUCGGAGGAGAGCGCACAGCCUGAGCCUGAUGGGAACGUCUGCGGACAGCGGACUCUCAGUGACGGCUGCUGAGAUGGAGGGGAGGCUGUGGGACGGAGCGUCCGACAGCCCGCAGUACAGCAAUGCCCUUCACCAUCUAUGGACAAUGACUUACAACCGCAAUGCUCCCUAUAUAAGCAGCGAUGACUCCGACAGUGAUGACGCAGAGAUGCUGUUGGAGCUUCAGGAACUCAGAGAGAAACAUCUAAAAGAGGUGCAGGCCCUGCAGGCCGCCCAGAAGAGAGAGAUUGAGGAGCUGUAUGAGAAGAUGGGGAAGGUCCCCCCCCCGGGCAUUGUCUCUCCUGCUGCUAUGCUGUCCAGUCGUCAGCGCCGCCUGUCCAAGGGGAGCGCCUUCCCCUCGUCCCGCAGGAACAGCCUGCAGCGCUUGGACAUGUUGCCAAUCCCAGGGAUCAUAAGGAGAAACUCCCUUGGAGGCAGCAGCAGCAGCUCCCAGGAUAAACAAAGCAAAGGGGUCACCUUUGCCACUGACAUUAGCAGAAAAUAAGAAACUCUCAGCCAAGCAUGCUGUAAAUCUGGACUACCUCAUCUGAAGUGUAACUGCAGUGGUCUAACCCGUCCUGUGAGCGGAUCGCUUUAACACUUUAUACUGGCACACCAAUCAGCAAACUGCUUCCCUCUGCCAGUGGUCGUUUACCUCAACGUACAUAUGUAUAUAUAAAUUUUCAUCAAUAAAGCUGGAUUUACAAAGGAACUGUAACAUCCAGCUUUCAGCCCUCCGUCAGAUCUGGUGAAUGUCUUGCUUUUGUAAAUAAGAAUAAACGGUUUGGAAUGAAUCAACUUUUGUCCAGGCAGCCUUGGUACUCUGCAAAACUGGUUCCUUUAGCUGUUUUUUU